AUGUCUGGUCAAAACGACUCUGCCGCCUGGCCCAAGGCCGAGGACCCUGCUCUCGUCCAGGAGCUUCUCGACUGCGUCCAGCAGGCCAGCCACUACAGGCAGCUCAAGAAGGGCGCCAACGAGGCCACCAAGUCCAUCAACCGCGGCACCAGCGAGCUUGUCAUCCUUGCCGCCGACACUGCUCCCCUCAGCAUUGUCCUCCACAUUCCCUUGAUCUCUGAGGAGAAGAACGUGCCCUACGUUUACGUGCCCAGCAAGAUUGCUCUGGGUCGUGCCUGCGGUGUCUCCCGCGCCGUGAUCGCCGUCUCCCUCACCUCCAACGAGGCUUCCGACCUCAACUCCAAGAUCCGCGCCCUCCGCGACAAGGUCGAGAGACUUGCUAUGUAA